AUGGGGGGAGGUCAUUUUCUAAUUGAGAGCACCAGAUAUGAUGCACUUAAGAGUCCAAGUGGAGGGGAUAUAAAUCCUCAUACAUACGAGUUUACAAACAGUAGAAAACUGUAUGACGUGAAGGAUGAAGGAAACAAGGGGGCUUACUUUGGGCCUCUUAUACUAUAUGGGGGCCUGCAGAAUAAUUAUGGAGAUACAUAUGAUUGCGUGGAUUUCUACAAACAACCUGCAUUUGAUCAUCCUCUACUAAAGAACCACACUUUUCAUUUUCAGAUGAAGCCCACUUCAUUACCUAAGAGAUCAAGAGAUCAAGUUUCCUCAAAUGUUAGCAAACCUCUACAUAUAGGACUAAAGGGUGGGGGUUGCCCAGUUGGAACAGUUCCAAUUAGAAGAACUACUAAAGAAGAUCUCAUUAGAGAGAAACUUGCUUCAAAAAUAAUAACUCCUGCAGAUGACACCGGUAGUGCUGAUUAUGCCAUAGUUAAGACAAUAGAUGGUCCAAACAAAUACAGUGGAGCGUCAGCGGUGCUUAGUGUAUACCAACCAGAUGUCGUGGGUAAACAAUAUAGUGCAGGGCGAAUGAUGAUUCAAAAUGGGCUUGAUAGCUUACAAGUUGGGUGGAGAGCAGGUCAAUCUCAUUGUUUCAAUACAAAUUGUCCUGGAUUUGUGAUUGUGGACACAGAAAUACCUCUUGGUCAAGUAAUUGAAAAGGUCUCUAUACGUGGAGGGACAUCGGUUGCGAUGGAAAUCUACAUCUUGCAAUGGCUUGGAGUUGCAAAUACCAAUCUUGGAUUUUGGCCAAAGAGAAUACUUGGUGGCGGAUUAGCAAACUUAGCUUCACAUGCUGAAUGGGGAGGAGAGGUAUUUAGUCCACCGGGCACCCCGAAACCUGCAAUGGGGGGAGGUCAUUUUCUAAUUGAGGACACCAGAUAUGAUACAUACUUCAGGAAUAUUGCACUUAAGAGUCCAAGUGGAGGGGAUAUAAAUCCUCAAACAUAUGAGUUUACAAGCAAUAGAAAACAGUAUGAAGUGAAAGAUGAAGGAUACCAGGGGGCUCACUUUGGGCAUCUGGUACUAUAUGGAGGCCCUGGAGGUUCCUAG